UGCUGCUUCUCGGCCCUGAUGAUCCUGAGCAGCGUCCUGCCGCCGGGUGUGAAUGGAUGUGACGUUGCUCACUCCAUUUGUGGGGCCCACGCUCCAGGGGAUGUGGUCAUCGGUAUAAUGUUGCCAUGUCAUCACAAAGUGAAGGGAAUUAAUGAACGGAUUAGACCUGAAAACUUCCUCUGCUCAGAUUUUGAUCUGCAAUCAUUUCUAAAAUCCUUGGCUAUAAUCCAUGAAAUUGAGGAGAUAAAUGCAUCUGGUUUCCUCCCAGGAGUGCAUCUUGGAUAUAUGCUGUGUGACACAUGCUCAUACGCCAGCAAAGCUCUGCAGGAUGUGGGGCACAUGCUCGAAGUCAACAACACUCUAAAUGUUAAGUGCGACUACACCGACUUCAGGCCCACCGUCAAGAUUAUUUUAGGAGCACUGUACUCUGAGGAGUCCAUUGCUUUGGCCAGACUGCUAAAUGUGUAUAUGGUCCCUUUACUGAGUGCCACAUCAUCUUCACCCGAGCUGAGUGAUAAGCUGCGCUAUCCAGUUUUCCUGCGCACUAUUCCUAGUGACUCUCAUCAGACCAAAGCAGUGGCCAAACUGUUGCAUCACUACAACUGGAACUGGGUAGGGGUUGUGUAUGGAGAUGAUGACUAUGGCAAAGCAGCUUACGAGAGCUUCCUCAAAGAUGCUGAGGCAAAUGAUGUGUGCGUAGCCUACCGUAAGGUGUUGCCUCAUAACCUUGAUGACUCAGACCUCAGGGAAGGUAUCCAGCAGGUGGCUCAGCAGAUCCGUUCCUCCAGUGCCCAGGUGGUAUUGCUAAUCCUCAAGAGAAGUCUGGUGGAGGUCCUCUUUAAGGAAAUGAUCCGGACCAACACAUCAAGGAUCUGGAUUGCCAGUGAUGUCUGGUCCAGGAGUUCGUCUCUUGCCACGAUAGAUGACAUUAACAAGGUUGGGGACAUCUUGGGCUUCACUUUUGUUGCAAGCAAGAGUGAAUCAUUUGAUAAUUAUCUGAAGAAUCUCACAGCAACCCCAGGAGGAUAUAACUACUUCAUUGAAGAAUACAAGAACCUGAGAUUCAACUGUUCCUCUGAAUGUUUCUCAAACAACCCUCCAUCCCAUUGUGCGUCACCUGAACUCCUGAAAAUUAGAUCUGGAAAUGCAUGCAAUGUCAAGGAUCCCCAAGAGCAAAAUGAUGACUAUCUUGUGACAGCUGUUGACACAAGUGAAACCUUCCUCAGCAAAGUCGCUGUGUGGGCCGUAGCAAAUGCUCUCAAGAAGCUCCUGAAGUGCAACAGCUCCUCAUGCGCCGGAGAAAUCAACUUCCCACCAUGGGAGCUUCUUCAAGAAUUGAAGAAAGUUAAUUUCACGUUUGCCAACCAGAACUUCUACUUUGACGAAAAUGGUGAUUUUGUGAACGGGUAUGAUCUGAUCAUAUGGGAAAAGUAUGGACAACACAGACGAUUUAGAAGAAUUGGAAAAUACCAUGUCCUUCGUCAACAAGUAGAACUCGAUGUGGGAAGUUUCACCUGGCUCUCAACAGGCAACAAUACGAAGCCUCAGUCCAGAUGUUCAGCGAGCUGCCCCCGUGGCUGGGUGAAGAAGAUCUUGAACGUUUCCUGCUGUUACAAUUGCACCCAAUGUACGGAGGGGACCUACUCAGAUGGGCCUGAUUUUAAUGCCUGCAAAAAGUGCCCCAAUGGAACUUGGUCUCUCAAGGGUUGGGAUCACUGCAAGCCAAGAUGGGAUUCCUACAUUCGAUGGAGUGAUCCUCAUCCCAUCACCCAGCUGUCAGCUGCAGCCUUUGGCAUUUUUCUUUUGCUGGUUAUCUUCAUUAUCUUUCUGGUGUACAGAGAUUCUCUGCCUAUGAAAAGAGCCGAGGUGAGGUUGUCCAUUGUGAUGAUGGCUGGCCUGGCAGUGAGCUUCGCAAGUGUGAUGUGCUACAUGGGCAGGCCUAGUGUACACCUCUGCAGGGCCCGCCAGGUCAUGUAUGCCAUGGGCUUCACCUUGUGUGUGUCCUCCAUCCUAGUCAAGGCCUAUCGCACCUUCCUGGUUUUCCUUCCUUUUGGUCAGAUAGUAAAUAGGCGACUACACAAAUGUUACAACCCACCUGUCAUUGUCACUGUGAUAACAACUCUCCAGGGGAUCAUCUGUCUUCUCUGGAUGAUCUUAGACUCUCCUCAUGUCAGUUACAUACCUCCAUCCCCACAGAGCAUGAAAAAUCUAAUCCAGUGUAGUGAGGGUGACACAUACAUAGGUUUUGCCACUAUGUUGAGCUACAUAGCUCUACUAGCAUUCAUUGGCUUCCUCUUGGCCUACAAAGGCAGGAAGGUUCCUCAUGAGUUCAGUGAAACAGGCUACAUCAUUUUUAGUAUGCUGAUGUACUUGUUUGUAUGGGUGUGUUUUAUCCCAAUUUAUAUUACCAACAGGGAAAGGGGCACCCCUACACAGGCUUCAGCCAUUCUAGUCUCCAGCUAUGGCAUCAUCUUCUGCCAUUUUUUGCCCAAGUGCUACGAAGCACUUUGUGGGUCAAAGACCGACACACUGGAGAGGAUUCUGAGGAGGUGGAGAGUCGUCUCCAGUGGAAAUGUUGACGCAGAGACGGGCUCAGAGACGUACGAUGUCUCUGAGAUGAACAUACCCUCACUAAAGAAAGACAGGUUCUCCAUAUCAAGCAUGACAACUAUACUGUCGGGUGAGGUCAGCCCUACUGAUUCAGAGCUCGUCAUAAUUCCCGCACCUGAUGAAAAGACUCAUUCCUAUCCACUGUCUAAUACGCUAGGAACGAAUGUGACGAGGCGAUGUAGGAGUUUAUCCAUCUAAAAAUAGUUUUUAAUUUGUAUGCCUCAACACCAGCAACAGUCAGAGCUGCAGCCAUAUUGUUUUCAGGUUGUCUGUGCAUACAUACGUCCAUCCUUCCCAUUCACAUGGACACGAUAUUUCAGUAAAGCCUUGAAGGAACUUCUUCAAAUUUGGCACAGACGUUCACUUGGACUCAAGGAUGAACUGAUUAGAUUAUGG